CCCUUUUAUCAGGUUCAAAGUCUAUAUAUUCCCAAAUAAACUGGAGUUGGUUCCAUAGCCAAAAUGAAGCCUGCAACAAUGGCAUCAUCUUCUUCUUUCUCUCAUUUACUCUUUUCCUUCUUUACUUUUUGCCUCAUUUUAUCAUUCUCAUAUGCAGCACAAUUCUCAACUCCCUACUUACCAAAACUCCAGGCGGAAAAGCUCAUAAGAGGGCUGAACUUGUUUCCCAAAAAUGAUAUCAACACUGCUUUAGCUGAUACUUCAGUUAUGGCUCCAAAGAUUGUUGAAAAGCAAUUCAGUUUGAAUCCUCUUGGUGAUCCAAAGCCUUCUGUUCAAGAGUUUGGUCACCAUGCUGGGUAUUACAAGCUUCCUCACACUCAAGCUGCAAGGAUGUUUUACUUUUUCUUUGAGUCACGAAAUAGCACAAAAGACCCUGUGGUUAUAUGGCUUACAGGCGGUCCAGGAUGUAGCAGUGAACUGGCUUUGUUUUACGAAAAUGGUCCUUACCAUAUUGCAAACAAUAUGUCUCUUGUGUGGAAUGACUAUGGCUGGGACACGGUAUCAAAUCUUCUGUUUGUGGACCAGCCAAUUGGAACUGGUUUCAGCUAUACUUCAGACGAGAGCGACAUUCGUCACGAUGAAGAUGGUGUUAGCAACGAUUUGUAUGACUUCUUGCAGGCUUUCUUCAAAGAGCGUCCUCAGUAUGCUAUGAAUGACUUUUUCAUUACUGGAGAAUCCUAUGCUGGGCAUUACAUUCCUGCUUUUGCUGCUCGGGUUCACAGAGGAAACAAAGCGAAGGAGGGGAUUCAUAUUAACCUGAAGGGAUUUGCUAUUGGCAAUGGCUUGACUAAUCCUGAAAUCCAGUACAAAGCAUACCCGGAUUAUGCUUUGAACAUGAGGUUGAUUAACCAAUCUGAUUAUGAGAGCCUCCUGAAGGUGAUUCCAACCUGUGAAAAGGCAAUAAAAACUUGUGAAUCUGAGGGGGGAGAUGCUUGCUCUGCUUCAUAUGUUGUUUGUAACAAUAUAUUUAACAGGAUCAUGAGGAUAGCAGGAGAUGUGAAUUAUUAUGAUAUUAGAAGGAAAUGUGACAGAGACUUGUGCUACGACUUCUCGAACAUGGAGACAUUCUUGAACCAGGAAUCAGUUAGGGAAGCCCUCGGAGUCGGAAACAUAGACUUUGUUUCCUGCAGCAGUAGGGUAUAUGAAGCAAUGCUGGUGGACUGGAUGAGGAAUCUUGAAGUUGGAAUUCCAGCCCUUCUUGAGGAUGGCAUCAGGGCGCUUAUUUAUGCUGGAGAGUAUGACCUUAUAUGCAACUGGCUUGGAAAUUCAAAGUGGGUUCAUGCAAUGGAAUGGUCUGGGCAAAAAGAUUUCGGAGCAGCUCCCACUCUUCCAUUCAAAGUUGAUGGCGCAGAUGCAGGGCAAAUGAAAAGCCAUGGCCCUCUCUCUUUCCUCAAGGUUCACGAUGCCGGCCACAUGGUUCCCAUGGAUCAGCCAAAAGCUUCACUACACAUGCUAAGGAGCUGGAUGCAAGGACAACUCGCCAUGCCAAAGACACAACACGGUAUUUAUCGAACAUGAUAGCCUCAAUUCACCUGUCCUUACAUACAAGGUUUUCGAAUGGUAAGUCCAGGCAAUGAAUAGGUCUACUAUGGUUGCCACCUGCUGACCUAAAAGAAUUUGCUGCCAGCAAUACUUCCAAAGUUCCUUGGCUGGAAUUGGUUUUUUUAAUAUUUAUUCACAGCAAUCAUUUUAUACAUGUUAAUUUCUUGUAUUUGUCUCCGGUGUAUUCAAUUUAAAUGUAAAUCUUCGUGCUUCCUGAGUAGAUGAGUAUAAAAGAUUGCACAGUGAACCUA